CCUUCCUCACACUCUUCUUCAAACAUUUGGUCUCAGCUGCCAACGCUUUACAUACAGAAGAAAUAGCAACUCUAUCAAGUAAUCAUCGAAUCCACACCGUUGAUUCUUGCAAUUUUCAGGUUGAAUUAGAAUUAGGGGUUCUGAAUUUUUCAAUUCUUGUUUUUUUAGAAAAAAAGAAAAAAAAAAAGAAUUAUGGGGCUAUCGAAUUUCCCUAGCCCAGCUGAAGGGGUGAUACCUCUGCUGGUAAUGAACACAGUCAUGUCAGUGGCUCUAGUCAAGAACAAGCUGAGAUCAGUUCUUCAAGUUGUCGGCGCCGCCAGCGGAGGCGGCGAUCAAGAAUUUGAGGAUGAGUACGGCAUCGAUGGUGAUGGUGAUGCCGAUGGCGGCUCUAGGCCUAGAAGGGUGUCUAUCACGCGCUACGGUUCGCUAUGUAGAAGCCGAUACUGCAGGUGUAGUCCGAGGGAGCGCAGUGGCUGCUCGGAGGCUGGUAGUAGCGGGAGUGGUGGCGGUAACAGUGAGUGGCCUCCGGCGGUGGAGUGCUGUGUUUGCUUGUGUAGGUUUGAAGCUGAGGAGGAAGUGAGUGAGCUUUCGUGCAAGCAUUUCUUCCACAAAGGUUGUCUGGACAAGUGGUUUGACAAUCAGCACAUUACUUGUCCUCUUUGUAGGUCCAUUAUGUGAUUGAUUGGUGAUAAUGGGAUUGUGUGGAUGGAGGAAUGAGUGAUGUACCAUUGGUUGGCCCUCUUUUGUUUUAGUAUAUUUUGGAGGGUCUGCUUGGCUCAUCAUUCCUUCAUAUUUUUGGCACAUUAGUCUAGGUUUUAUAGUCAUGGUUUUGUGUGCUUGACUUUGUAGAUUGAACUUAAUUAGGGCUCAAGAAUGUAAGAUUUGAAGUAAGAUUUUGCCUCUGUAUAUAUGUGUGUGUGAUUUGAAUUUGCAUAAGCAUAUUAUCAAGGCCUCAAACUCUGUUUUUUAGCAUGAGCACUUCUAA